UCGAGCGGGUCCGAUGCUCCAUCAACUCGUUGAAAGGGAUGAUGCUUGGACGGUUUUGAGAUGUAGUCAAAACCUCGGCAAUCGAGCUCUGUUGUCUCCAUGCAACGACUACAAGCAAAUCUCCGAUCUUCUUCUGUCCGCGACUCGGUCCAGAUCCGUACGUAAAGGUCUUCAGCUUCACGCCCAUGUCGUCAAGUCUAGCCUCUCUUUCUUCCCUCUCGUCGCUCACAAUCUCAUCAAUUUCUACUCUAAAUCACAGCUCCCGCUCGAUGCUCGCCGGGUUUUCGACGAAAGUCCGGUCAAGAGCUCGACGACUUGGAGCUCCAUCAUCUCUUGUUUUGCCCAGAACGAGCUUCCAUGUCUUGCCCUCGAGUUCUUCAGGACAAUGUUGAUGGGAAAUGUUCGCCCGGAUGAUCAUAUUUUCCCUUCGGCGACGAAGUCGUGUGGGAUUCUGAGCCGAUGUGAUAUCGGUCGAUCGAUUCAUUGUCUGGCGCUGAAGACAGGAUAUGAUAGCGAUGUGUUUGUCGGAAGUUCGGUGGUGGAUAUGUACGCAAAGUGCGGGGGGAUUUCCGAUGCAAGGAAAGUGUUCGACGAAAUGCCUGAGAAAAAUGUGGUGUCUUGGAGCGGGAUGAUAUGUGGGUAUGCUCAAAUCAAUGAAGACGAGGAAGCUCUGAAGUUGUUCAAACAAGCACUGUACGAGGAUUUAGAUGUCAAUGAUUUCACGUUUUCGAGUGUCAUCCGUGUUUGCGGCAACUCAACUCUGCUCGAGUUAGGGAGGCAGAUCCACGGACUGUGCGUUAAGACCAGUUAUGACUCGUCUAGUUUUGUCGGCAGUGCAUUGGUUUCUCUGUAUUCCAAAUGCGGCAUUGUCGAAGGAGCUUAUCGAGCUUUUGACGAGACGCCCACGAAAAAUCUCGGGAUAUGGAACGCAAUGCUGAUCGCUUGUGCCCAACACACGCAUACCCGAAAUGCGAUCGGAUUGUUCAAACGGAUGGAACUUGCGGGAAUGAAGCCCAAUUUCAUCACGUUUCUAUGCGUGCUCUACGCUUGUAGCCAUGCUGGGCUUGUGGAAGAAGGAAGAUACUACUUCGAUCUGAUGAAAAUCCAUGGAAUCGAGCCGCUUGCUCAGCAUUACGCUUCGCUGGUGGAUUUGCUGGGUCGAGCUGGUAAGCUAGAAGAAGCGCUGGACAUUAUCAACAAAAUGCCGAUUGAGCCCACAGAAUCGAUCUGGGGAGCGUUCUUGACGGGUUGUAGAAUCCACAAGAACACAAAGCUUGCAGCUUUUGCAGCCGACAAGAUUUUCGGGUUAGGACCGGUCAGCUCGGGAAUGUAUGUUCUGUUAUCCAACGCAUACGCGGCAGCAGACAGAUACGAGGAUGCGGCCAGAGUAAGGAAAAUGCUUCGAGACAAUGGGGUGAAGAAGGAGACAGGGCUAAGCUGGGUGGAAGAAGGGAACAUGGUUCAUACAUUUGCAGCCGGAGAUCGACGCCAUGCCAGAAGCAGAGAAAUCUACGAGAAGUUGGCGGAAUUAGGGCAAGAAAUGGAGGAAGCAGGUUAUGUUGCAGACACGAGUUUCGUGCUGAAGGAAGUGGAUGGGGAAGAGAAGAAGCAGACGAUUAGGUACCACAGCGAGAGGUUAGCGAUUGCGUUUGGGAUAAUCGCGUUUCCGAAAGAUAGGCCGAUCAGGGUGAUGAAGAAUCUCCGCGUUUGCGGUGAUUGCCAUAACGCGAUUAAGUUCAUGUCCAAGUGUACGGGAAGAGUUAUCAUCGUGAGAGACAACAAUCGGUUUCAUCGGUUUGAAGAUGGGAAAUGCUCCUGCAACGACUACUGGUGACAAAAGACAUUUAAUUUUAUUAUCUGCCUUUUUUUUGUUCAUCUUGUAUUCAUUAAUUUCUAUAUUUAUUCUGCUGUUGUUAUCAUAUAAGUAAUGAUUUUAAUUUUAAUAUCAUAAAUAAUAAAUUCAGUUCAGGGAA